AUUCUAGAAACUAAAACAUCUGCUAAUGAGAGGCGACAAGGCUUUAUUAGGCAUUGUGGUGAAGCACCUGCUAGGCGCAUCUUACCUGGAAUUGGGUUACACUUGAAUGCUAUUGCAACAACCUCAAAGGAUUGCAAAAUUACUAAGAAUGUGUCUUCUGGAAUACAUAUAAGGUUGCCUGGUUCCACUGUCUCCAUACAUUCUCCGAUGGAUGAUCAAGAGGGUCUUGAUAAAGCCUUGAUUCCGGUUUCUUCAGAAAUGGACAUCAAUGAAAAUGGGGUCCAGCUUCUAGAAGAUCCUUCUGAUCAAGCACCAGGAUCAAUAACUAAUGAAGAAUUCAAUCAAAAUAGCCCCAAGAAAAAGAGGCAAGUCUUACGGCUGGGAGUGGUGGGGAGAGUUCUUCUAUAUCGGAUAAUAAUAAGCAACCUAGAACGGUAACGACAGUGGCGGUGGCUACGGCCGCUGGGGUUGAUAGUCCGACAACCGCCGUAAUAGAGGCUGUGCCUUGAAAAUCCAUUGAUACUUUUGGACAAAGAACAUCUAUAUACCGUGGUGUAACCAGACAUAGAUGGACAGGUAGAUAUGAGGCUCAUCUAUGGGAUAAUAGUUGCAGAAGAGAAGGACAAACUCGCAAGGGAAGACAAGUUUACUUGGGUAAGCACUAAAUUAAUAACAAGUUAUUUCUUCAUCAAAAUAUCAAUUUGUUUACAUCCUCAGCCAUGUCAUGGAGGACAGUAUAUGGUCACGCAACUGCAGCCAAUGCAAGCAGACCAUAGAAUAUCAGCUGAUUCUGGUUUCUAUGGUCAGCAAAUGGCUGGUUAUUGUGGCCACGGUCAGCAGCAAGGGUCACAAUACCUUGAACAGCGACUUUAUGGUCUCUCUGUUAGAGAUAAUGGGAUACACAACUCAUGCCCGGUAUCUACUUCAUCAUAUGUGCCACCUAGCAAGUCUUUCAAGCCAGAAGAUAAACUGUUCGACGAUCUUGUUGACAUAGCCAAAUUUAAGUCUUCCGUUACUAAAUCCCCAUCCAGCAGAGCUGGUAGCAUGUGACAUCGUUAAUGGUUUUGCACUGUUUCUGUGUUUUAAAUACUCUGAAAUUUCUCUUCUACUUUUCAUUAUUUGGUAAUCUUCCAAUCCACAUGCUACCCUGUUUCGGCACAAAAUUGUGCUGUAAAGAAAACAUGAGAAAAAGGGUAAUGAUUGUAGUUCGACAUUUGGAUUAUAUAUAUAUACUUUAUUUUUUAAAAACUAAAUUGAGCUUGUUUGCUGCUCUUGUAUAAUGGUUUUCAAAUAGUCAUAUAGUAUAAUGGUUUUCUUGUGGUUGUAUUAGGUCUUUGACUCUUUGUUGGGCAUAUUUUGUAUCUGUAAGGCUGUUUGAACUGAAUUGAGCUUGUUUGCUGGUAUUGUGGCUAAUAAUCUUACAGAGCAAGCACAUUCCUUAUUGUGAAAAAGGAAAAUGGUGGCUGCAAUGGUUGAACACAUUUCAUCCAAAUCAUGGGCAUUCAGUUUCAGGUGCUCUUAUCUGGUGUAGUAAUUUUAGAAGUUGCUAUCUCGAAGGAUUUACUUGUUUACUUUCUAUCUAGAAGUUGCUAUUUGCAAGGAUUUACUUGAUAUCUGGUUUAGGUGUUUACCUUCACAACCCGACAACCCUGCAGCCGUAUACCCUUCAUGAUCUGGUCAAUUGGUGUUGUGAGAGUCCACGCAUCACAAGAGGGCUCAAUAUAUUGUAUAGCAAAUAUAAAAUGUUUGGGGAAGUACUAAUAGAUUGGUCGAUCGGAUAUAAGCCAACAUCCAAGAUUGAUCAAUU